AAAGACCAUAGAUUUUUGGACAAGCGAGAUCAAGCAGUGGACAUGGAACAACAACCUCAACCUGCGAUGGGUGAUGUUGCUGGUGGAUCACAAGUGUAUCCUGCCUCAGCUUAUGCGCCUACAGCAACAGUGGCUCCUGGUGUCACUCCAGCCGGUUCACAGCCAGCAUCACUCCCUGCUAAUCCAGCUCAGCUCAGUGCACAGAACCAGCUCCUUUACGAGCAAUCGCAGCAAUAUCAGCAGCAGCUCCAGCAAGAGCAUCAGAGGCAGCUCCAGCAGUUUUGGGCCGAACGGUUGUCGGAGAUUGAGCAGACAACUGACUUCAAGAACCACGCGCUGCCACUCGCCAGGAUCAAGAAGAUCAUGAAGGCCGACGAGGAUGUCCGCAUGAUCUCUGCAGAAGCCCCGAUGAUCUUCGCAAAAGCCUGCGAGAUGUUCAUACUGGAGCUGACGCUGCGAUCAUGGAUGCACACCGAGGAGAACAAGCGCCGGACCUUGCAGAAGAACGACAUCUCCGCUGCUAUAACCAGGACUGACAUCUAUGACUUUCUGGUGGACAUAAUUCCCAGGGAUGAGAUGAAGGAGGAGGGAGUCGGGGUGAGAGCCGGGCAACCUGCUCCGGUGAACACGUCCCAGUAUUACUAUGCGCAGCAGGCUCAGCAGCAGAUGCCAGGUGCAGAAAUGGUGUAUUGUGGGCAGCAGGGCCAGCCGACGACCUAUUUGUAUCAGGAGCCUCAGGAACAACAGCAGGGGCCGCCUCCUUCAGAGCAGCAAUCUUUUAAUGAAAGUGGUUGA